AUGGUUGAUUACAUACCAGAGAGUUUCAUCCCAUAUGGAACAGUUGUAAAAUGUCACUGUGAACCCGGUUAUGAUUGGACUGAAGAAUCAAAUUCAUACGAGUGUAUUCCUUACGGAUGGGAACCACGCACAUUUGGAAAAUGCGUCAAAAAAAAAAACACUACCACCUUGUCGGAGAGGAAAAAUCUAAAUGUUCAAAAGGCGGAAGUUGGGAUACAGAAUUUCCAAUUUGCGAUAUAUAUCCUAGUUCGGAAGUGCUAUACACCUGAGAUCGAAAAUGGUGGAGUUGGAGAUGAAAAAGAUUUCUACCUAGCAAAAGAAUAUACUGAAUAUUUCUGCAAUGAUGGCUAUGUUCUGGAUGAAGAGGAUGAAGGUCAAUGCUUAGGCAAUGGGGAAUGGAGCCACGUCCCAACUUGCAAAGUAACAUGUCCUUACAGGGAACCACCAGAAAACGGUGACGUGACUCCAUCCCAAAAACGAUAUUUCGUAAAUCAAGUGAUCGAAUUCAGCUGCCGACCCGGGUAUAGUCUCAGUGGUAACUCAAAAGACAAGUGCAAAUUAGAUGGAAAAUGGGCGAUCAACGAACCUGUCUAUUGCCUAAAACAAUGUCAAGUGGAAAAGUUGGCGCCAUACGUCACCUAUAGUCCUGAAGCCAAAUACCACGAUCAAGGAACAGUAAUACAAUUCGAGUGUGAGAAAAAACACUACCACCUUGUCGGAGAGGAAAAAUCUAAAUGUUCAAAAGGCGGAAGUUGGGAUACAGAAUUUCCAAUUUGCGUUCGAAAGUGCUAUACACCUGAGAUCGAAAAUGGUGGAGUUGAAGAUGAGAAAGAUUUCUACUUGGCAAAAGAAUAUAUUGAAUAUUUCUGCAAUGAUGGCUAUGCUCUGGAUGGAGAGGAUGAAGGUCAAUGCUUAGGCAAUGGGGAAUGGAGCCACGUCCCAACUUGCAAAGAAAUAAUUCGUGACGAUUCCUGCAAAGGACGUUGUGGAAGAAAAGACGACUACUUCGAAUACACAUGUCAAUGUCACUCUAGGUGUGAGAAAGAGUACAAUUGUUGCUCUGACUAUCGCAAACAAUGUAAACAUAAUCUUUAUUAACUGCAACAGAAGCCAAUAAAGAUGAGCACUCAUCAGACGACACGCUGGAAUCUUGGAAUUAACGUUACGAUAAAUUGUCAAAUAUUCACUAUAUUAUAUGUUAUAUUAAUA